CGGCAUGUGGCAGUGGCAGUGUCCGCCCGCACAUGGCUCCGCGCACCACGCUCCUGGUCGCGAUCUUCGCCGCCGGCGCCGCCGCUGCUGCGCUCGUCGCCUCCGCGGACUUCACCGAUGUGCCCAAGUUUGGGGAACCCAUCAGCAACGUGACCAUCCCCGUUGGGCGCGAGGCAACUCUCGCCUGCGUCGUGGAGGACCUGGCAACAUACAAGGUGGCGUGGCUGCGGGUGGACACGCAGACCAUCCUGACGAUUGCCACGCACGUUAUCACCAAGAACCACCGAAUCGGCGUCACGCACAGUGACCAGCGGACGUGGUACCUGCAGAUCCGAGAAGUGCGCGAGUCCGACCGCGGCUGGUACAUGUGCCAGAUCAACACCGACCCCAUGAAGAGCCAAGUCGGAUACCUCGAGGUCGUGGUGCCGCCGGACAUCCUGGACUACCCGACGAGCACGGACAUGGUGGUGCGCGAGGGCACCAACGUGACGCUGCGAUGCGCCGCCACCGGCUCCCCACAGCCCACCAUCACGUGGCGGCGCGAGGGCGGCGAACCCAUCCCCAUGGCCAACGGCCAGGAGUUGACGAGCGUCGAGGGCCCCGUGUUCAACAUCACGCGCGUCAACCGGCUCCACAUGGGGGCCUACCUGUGCAUCGCCUCCAACGGCGUCCCACCCAGCGUCAGCAAGCGCAUCAUGCUCAUCGUCCACUUUCCGCCGAUGAUCUGGAUCCAGAACCAGCUCGUGGGCGCGUACGAGGGCCAGCAGAUGACCCUGGAGUGCCAUUCGGAGGCCUACCCAAAGUCCAUCAACUACUGGACGCGGGAGAAGGGCGAGAUCAUCGCUCAGGGAGGUAAAUACGAGCCAGUGCUGCUGGACAACGCGUACAAGGUUCACAUGAAGCUGACGAUCAAGUCCGUGGGUCCGGCAGACUUCGGCUCCUACCGGUGCGUCUCCAAGAACUCGCUGGGAGACACCGACGGCAGCAUCAAACUCUACGCUAUUCCACAACCGUCCACGGCCUACAAAUCAACGACGACGACAGAAGUUUCUUUCACCAUUCGACCACCAGAGAAAGACAAGAAGCAGAAGCCUUCGCCCCGCGAACCUGGCGGUUCUCCAACGGAUGACGCGGAGCUGCAGUACAACGAAGUGUCGCGGGCUGCGGCGGACCCACACAGCGCACCGCCCAAGCAGCGAGACAUGAAGGUGCGCGAGCGGCUGCGCGACGCGCUGCCCGGAGGCUCGGCGUCGACCCCCGGCGGCGCCCCGCUGCCGCUGCUGCUGCUGGUGGCUGCGCUGUCCUCGGCCCGCCUGUUUCCACUCCCGCUGCCGCCGCCGCCGCCGUAAGAGGGCGCCGCCGCCCGCGACAGCCUCCCGCCAGCACGACCCUCCCCCAGCACCGCGCCACAACGACCACGACCAUGAUCACGACCCCGCUUUGGCACUACCACGGCAGCGCUAGGCCGCGAGCACCGUAGCGCCGGCCCGACCGCCAUCUGGUCGACGGGCGGCCGCCCAUCCGACGCCGUAUCAGACGAAGACUGUGCCCGUCUGCGGACGGCGCAACACGCUGCCCGACUAGUAGUACGAGAGCUAGACACGCUACCUAGAUGUGUGAGACGAUUAAGACAACUGUGGAUCUUUCGUAGACUGGAGAACACUUUCUUAGCGGAAAGAAGAACAUUUCGAACUCAGAAAAUAUACUUCCAGCGUCAAGAGAUGCCUUUUCCUGUACUGUAAUGCCAAAAGCGUACGCAACAGAACCCUUUCUAUCCUCCCCUAUUUACCAUAUCUAUCAUUUUCCUCGGAAACGUUGUGGACGAACUUCUUACUGCUGCCAGUGUACGUUUUAGGAAAACAUUCAAGGGCGAAAUGAAUUGUGAACCUCACAUUGCACACCAUCUCCCCUAAACUGGAUAAAUUGGGACGUGAUUCUAAAAUGGAACAUGGUACAAAUAUACCUUGAGUGAAUAAAGCCCUCAAAACCGUAUUUUUUUCUGUAAUCUAAAUGCUUUCACAUAACAAACACUGGCCAACGAAAGCAUCAUUUUCAUAAGUUUUGCCUCGCGGGGUAGCAGCGAGGUCUAGACGUCUCGUCAAGGUCCGCGCAGCUGACCCCGUCGGAGGUUCGAGUCCUCCCUCGGGCAUGGGUGUGUGUGUGUAGUCCAUAGCGUAAGUUAGUUUAAGUUAGAUUCACUAGUGUGUAAGCUUAUGGACCGAUGACCUAAGCAGUUUGGUCCUAUAUGAUCUUAUCACAAAUUAUUAUUAUUAUUAAUCAUUUUUGCUAUCACCUAAACCUCCAGAUUACAGUCAGAUCGGUACCAAACUUAGUAUACCGACUGAGUAUCAACCAAGACUCCGAUAUAUUCUGUGCUGUGUGCUGUCAUCCAGGAGAAAGUGCGUAAACGGUAAGUAAUAAGUAACAUCUAACCCACGGAGUAAAGAAAAAGCGUAGCUGUGUUCGUCUGUCGUGCAGAGCUCCCGAGGGGAUAUCGGUAGAGACUAAUUUGUCGUACCAAGGGUCCCGAGACCGAGGCCUGGUCAUGCCAGUUUCUGUACCGUAGUAAGUAUCAAACUGUAAGUAUCAAACUGUUCCUGACGAGUGAAUGAACUGUUCGUAAUUCAUAGCAAUGUUCGACUGGCCGUCCACACUCGCUUCGUUUAUUUUAAAGUAGCAAACCUAUACUGUAUAUUCGUCGUAGUUUCUCAGAAUACACAAAAAAUAAUAACAGAAGAAUAAAGGUGUAACUGCAUCACAUGUGCAGUUGCAUCAAUGAUAAUAAUAAUAAAUCAUCUUCUUUUUCUUAUAUUAUUAUUAUUGUUAUUAUUGUUAUUAAUAUUUCGGCAAGUGUGAUGCAACUGUUUCUUUAUUCAUCUGUUCCGAUUCUUUAUGUUUAUUCUGUGAAACUACAAAUGUGUACUACAGAUUAGCUCUUGAGACUACACAAGUACACUACGGAUUAGCUACUUUCAAAUGAAUGAAGCAAAAGCGGACUGCCAGUAUAACGCUGCCAAAAAUUUAAAACAGUCCUUCCACACAUCUGGAGCACAACUUUCUGUUCUACACGUAUUACGGUACAGAAACUAGCAUGACCAUAGCUCGUACUCGAGGCCCUUGGUAGGACAAACUAACUCUCUGCCUACAACCCCGGGGACCUCUGUACGACGGACACACAGUAACGCUUUUCCUGUACGCCGUGGCUCAGGUGAUACUUAUUACUUGCCGUUUUCGUACGUUCUCCUGGAUGACAGCACAAAGCACAAACUAUAUCGGAGUGUUGGUUGAUACUUGGUCGAUAUACAACGUUUGGUACCAAUCUGUUUGACAUCUGGAGGUUUGGGUGCAAGGAAUAACUUCUGUUUUAGGACGCUGAAUCGAAAUCUGACCUUUUUUCUAUCAUGUACCGUUUUGUCAUAAUGAGACGUCAUUAUAAAUUAGAAAAUUCGCAAAAAUUGGGAGAAAAGUGAUUUAAUAUUACUGUAGGAACAAAGAUUUUUCUUUCUCUUAUCUCCUUCAGGUAUCUAAUACAUUUUUUCCUCGCCUAUUUCACAUCUCCCAUUACACUGGUAUUGCAUUUGAAUUCAAACUGUUCUUCCAUGAAUUUGGUAUUUUGAUUAGAGCGCUCACCUUUUUCUUCACUGAUAUCACCAGAAUUUUCAGGGGAUAGAAAAACAGAUUACAGUUUCAGACGUUAAUCUCGAGGCUCAUCAAAAAUUGCAGCUCCUUGAACUUUCGCAGCAUAUCAGUUGCAAUACGGAUAAAAUGUCCAUGUAUCUUCUUGCCUAAGAACUAUGUAUGAGUAACGAGCUCUUUCAGUAUCAACUCCAGCCAUUGUCAGUUUUGCUUCAGAGCUGGAAUCGAGCAUUACUUCUGAAUGUCAUGUCCAAGAAACACUCCCUUUUUCAAUUUCCCUUCCAACUUACGUGAAUAUUUCUCACAUACCUCCUUGAAAUGCUCAAACUUUGGGUAACGCAUUCCCGAACUGUUCCAUUGGGCUUAAAGUGAUGUGUAAAGGCGGUAAUGGAUUUUCCUCGUAGCCACGAGUUUCUUGCACGAAUUCUUCUUCUCUCCAAGCUUCAAAUGUUGGUUUAUUCUGGACCGACGUUUAUCUUUUCCCUACCAUAGACCGACAUUGACGCUUGUCCUACUAUAGUACAUACUGAUUACAGUAAUAAAUGAAAUAAUGAGUGUUUCAUGCAAAAAUAAUAAUUGAUUAUCAUAUUAUCAUUCACAUCGCUUAUAUUUCCAAGAAUAAUCUAGCUUCAUUAUAAAAGUUUUUAGAAGUUGACCUGAUGAAAUUUGUUUCAGUUCAAAAAAUUAUGACUUCAGUUCUGCUAAAAUUGAAAAAUGAGCUUGUUUAGAAUGUGAAGUGUAGAAGGAAAUGUUUUUUCUCAGUGUAUAAGUUUUUCAGCCGGAUUCUUUAUCAUACAAAGUUUGUUUCUUUUAUGAAGCAUUGGCCAACUAGUCAAUGGCAGAAAUAUUGUUUUUAUGAUAACCUGGAUUUGACGAAAUAUCCCAAAAACGGCUCUACACAGAUAUCUUUCGUUUUUAGAGCUCUGUACAAUCAUCAACUAGAAAUCCUACAGGUGACAAUGUUUCCUCCAAUUUUUAAAGCAUUCCAGCAAUAUGAGGUUCAUCAUUCAGUUCAUUUGCCUAAAACGUGUUUUAACUAAAAGACAGCGCACAGAAUGUUUCCGAGGAAAAGCGCUGGUGGUCCAAGUCUGGAAACGCCGUCUAAGACCGAUAUUAAUUAAUUUCAGAACUAACCGCAAGCCCAGUCCUUUUUAGAACAUCAGGGAUAUCGUCUCCGAACGUAGUGACCUCGUGCGAACAUCAUAACCCACGACAGCUUUUCGAUUUAUUUUGUCCUGUGACUGGAUAUUGUUUUCACAUUCUUCUGCAGUAAACCGAUAGUGACAGUAAGUAACUCUUCCAGUGACAAAUCAGGAUAAGCUGAGUUAACCUGUGACAACUCCUAUAUGUAACCAAAACGAGGAAGUAAUCAACGAAAUGUGUUAAACGCAAAUAUGGUUUUGUGUUUAAUGAUUUUUUAAAUAUCUAAGCUACAGAGAUAUUCUAAAAGGCAAUACAGAAGCUAUAUUUUGUAUGUUACUGUAACUAAGGUACUAUGAGUGAAACAAAUGUAACAAUUUCCCAAACAGUCGUAUAGAAUAAAGAAAUGGUAAGUAAUAGAAGUAGAGAAUUAACGUUCAGCUUACAUGUUUUAGUGCGCGUAUUAUUCGUUGAGCACGGUAAUGUAUUUGAGUGUGAUUCGGCCUAACCUGAGACUUGCUUCAGCUGUUUUGUAGAUGUUUCACUUUUUAUUCCUGUUCUGCUGUAUUAUGUAUUUUAUCGAGAGUAAGAGAGCACAAAACACCCAGUAUCAAAUGACUGAUGAGUUAUCGGAAAUAAAUAUCUUUAAAAAACAUUUCUUUUUAUUUUUUACUGAAAAUCAGGAAUAUUCUUUAAUUAAAUAACGUAAUUCACCGAUUUGAACAGAAGUUAUUGACUUUGGGUUUUCAAGCUCCACUACAUAUCUUCUAUAUUUCAAUGUGUUUGCUAUGGUAGAAGCAUGACUUACACAUAAAGAUGAGUGUAUAUGUACAUAAAGACCUCUCCUAUAACAGGGUAACUAAGCUAAAAGUAAAUUUCAUGAUAGAAGGACGCAAAGAAACUGUAAAUUUUUUUCCUUCUGGAUUCAGUUUGUAUGUUUGUUAUGAUCAGUGUAUGCGAAGUGUACUUCUGAAUGAUGAAAAGCAAAUAAACAUUCUGUUUCGA